AUGAGUAAUGGGCUUACAGCGCCUGCUCGAGUCCAGGAGCUAGUCUCUAUCAUGCAGAAGGAAAAAGAGCGUGGUGUCAAGAAUACUAUUGAAAUAAUGAGACAUUGGACGGCUGUUGCAAGCACAAUAGCUGCAACUGAGAAUAAAGAGUGUCUUGAACUCUUUAUCCAGCUAGAUGGUCUUCACUUUACGAACAGUUGGUUAAAGGAUGCCCAGGAGUUGGGCAGUGACACAAGUGACAAUGUAGCCGAAGAGACAAUCACUCAUUUUCUACGAGCGAUUGAAAGACUGCAUGUCGACAAGGAGAAAUCAGUUUCCUCUGGAAUCAUGAUGACUGUGAAGAAUCUCCUUGGCCACAAAAGUUCUAAGAUACAAGAGAGGUCUAAAGUAUUGUUUGAUAGUUGGGAAAAAGAAACAGAUGAGGAUGCAGUUUCAGUGGGCGAGGAAAAAGUACAGGCAUCCAUUGAUGACAAGACAAGAGUGAUCACAAAUGUUGUGGGGGAAGUUGUAAAUUCAGAACCUUCUCUCGGGGGCGUUUCUCCUUCUGGAUCCAGAGAAGAGAAGAGCGAGGAACACAUCAAUGAGAAUAAACUGCUAUCUUCAAGGUCCGGUGACAUUCAUCCGUCCAUAGUUAAUUAUACUGAGGCAUUGGACAGAAAUUUGCAGCAUACAAUGUUGGAAGAUGGGUCUCCAAAUUCUCCGUCUUUGGCAAAAUCUGCUAGUGAAGACGAGGAAAAAUACCUGACUUAUCAUGCAGAGAGUAGCGCCACUGCUAUUGAUACAUCCACUUCUGCAGUGGAGAGACACUGUAGUCUUGAUAAGCAGAAAGAUAUUCCUGUUUCAGAGUCUGUUAAUUGUUUAAACCACGUGCAAGAAGUCGGCAGUCCAGAAAAAUUAGACUCAGCAGUGCCUAAACCAUUAGAUAACAAAACCUUCUCUUCAGGUCCUGAUGCCAGAGAAGAUUCAGAGGCUGUCUCUGGUCAAGAUUUACAAAGACAAAAUGAUGCCAAAAAUGUAGAUGACGGUAAAGAGAUAUUUUCUGUUGAUAAUGUAUCAGUGGCCAGUUCGAAGGGAAAAAUACCAAAAAACAGUGUCUUUGCAACUCAUGACAGAGGCAAUACAGUGCUUGGAGCUAAAAAAGAGAGAAAGUACGACAUUGACAUACUGCAAGAUUCUCCCAACAAGCAUAAUGUGGAGCAUCCCAAGGAUUUGAGUAUUGCUUUGAUGAAAGUGGAUGUUGGUGGGGAUGAAAAAUGUGUUAGUAAUAAAAGUGAGGAUGAUCUGGAAACUGACACUGAAUUUGAAGUACCACAAAGAGGUAUUACAAUAUGUAACGUGCUUGAAAAGAAAGGUGAUAUUGAAUUAGACUAUGGCAUCAUAGAUCCUUUAGAAGUUGCUCGACAAGUUGCAAUAGAAGUUGAGAGAGAAGUCCAAGAGAGUUGCAGUUCUUCUGAGAAAACACGGGAGAGUAAGGUUCAUGAGCCUGAUAGCCCAGAUUCUAGGAGCGCAAAUGGCUCCAAUGAGGAAAUACCAAAAGGAAUGCCUGUUCGGCCUGAGGUUUCACUUGCAUACUCAGAAGCUGGCCCAAUUAAUGUCACAGAGAAGCUAGAGUCCUCUCAGAUUACUGAUGCUGCUUUGGAUCUUGAAUCCAAUGACCAAAAAGGGUGUGAUUUUGAUUUGAAUCUAGAGGUUAGCUCAGACGACAUAGAUCGACCAGGAAAUCCAAUCUCCACCUCCAUCUCUGUUGUUUCUGCUUCAAGGGCAGCAGCUGCUCCUGGAGUCCCUGUUCCUCCUUUGCAGUUUGAAGGGACUCUUGGAUGGAAAGGAUCUGCUGCAACUAGUGCAUUUCGGCCAGCAUCACCUCGCAAGAUUCCUGAAAGUGACAAGGCUGUUUCAUCUGGUGGGAGUGACAGCAUCUCAAAACAACAGCAAAGUUGCCUUGAUAUUGAUUUGAAUGUAGCUGAAGGUGGGGAUGAUAGACUCGCCGAUCUAAUUACUGGAAAACAAGCCUCAGUAUCAUCUACUCUUCCUUCAGGGGAAUCUUCUGUUGAAGCUAGCCCCAAAAAAUUGGCUAGGCUCGAGUUAGAUCUGAACUGUGCUAGUGAGGAGGGUGAAGCACCAACAAAUUGGCGGGUGGAAAGAAGACUCUUCCCGGAUAGGGGCGAUUGGAGUCACUCUCCAUCAUCGUCGUCAUCAUCAAAACAACCAUCAUUAAGAAACUUUGAUCUAAAUGACCAGCCGACUUUUCUCCAUGAUUCUUCAGAUCUACCUUUCUUCAAGAAGCCGUCUCAGUAUACAAACACCUCUGGAGCUAUUAAUUCAGGUGAUUCUGUAGUAUCCAUCAUGGGCAUGAAGGUAGACGUCAACCAUAAAGAUCCUGUUUCUCGGUCUGUUAUGUUACCAAAUGGCAGGAUAGUGGAAAAUGCAGUUGAUCUUAGUACUGCAAGAAGUG